AUGGUUUUCCCGCAGACCUACCGCGCGUACCAGUACGACCACUACGGCCCGAUCGAGGACGAGCUCAAGCUCCGCUCCGACCUGCCGCAGAAGGCCCUCGCUUCGAACCAAGUCCGCGUCAAGGUGCACAGCGCUUCGGUGAACCCUCUGGACUACAAGCUGGUGGAAGUCAUGGGCCAAAUGAUGCUGGGCCGAGCUCCGUCCCCUGAGCAGCCCUUCGCCAUCGGCCAUGACGCCGCCGGUGAAGUGGUCGAGGUCGGCAGCGACGUCAAGCGGUUCAAGGUGGGCGACGCAGUCUAUGCGUCCGCGACGGGUGCCACCAUCGGUAGCCUGUCGGAAUACUGGGUCUUGGACGAGGACGUCGCAGCGGCGAAGCCCAAGAAUCUGAACUUCAACGAGGCCGCUGCGGUGCCCUCGGUGGCGAUUACAGCGUAUGCCGGGGUGACGGAGCACGCUAAGCUUCAACGAGGAGACACUAUCCUCGUAUUGGGCGGCAGCAGCUCAGUCGGGAUGUUUGUCAUUCAGCACGACAUCGGGGCUCGGGUCAUCGCGACGACGAGUUCACGUAACGUUGAGCUCAUCAAGUCUCUCGGCGCUGAUCAAGUCGUCGACUACACCGAGGAGAAGUGGGUGGACGUGUUGCCGCCGCACUCUGUUGAUGCGGUUUUCGAUUGCUGGGUGGAGCCCUCGGCUUGGAACGACGGGGCAUAG